AUGAUGCUUGAUACUGGUGCCGAUAUCACCCUCAUCUCACGCAAACUAUGGCAGCAUAUUGGUGAACCGGUCCUGACUCCUUCAGAUAUUAAGGCGAGAACUGCAUCUGGUGACUUUCUGCACAUCGUAGGUGAAUUUGUGGGUUCCAUGAUCGUAGCGGAAAAAUGCAUGGAGUGCAUUAUUCGUGUGACAUCGGCCGAAUUGUCACUUUUUGGAAGAGAUGCCAUGGAUCUGUUCAGCUUGUGGGAUGUGCCGUUGACUUCAGUAUGCAACCGCGUUGGUUUGGAUGAACCGUGUAGUGCAAAGCUACAGCUGGAGUUUCCUAAGCUCUUUUCAGGUGAGCUGGGUUGCUGCACGAAGAUAAAAAUUCAGUUGAAGCUGAAAGAUGGAGCAACGCCUGUUUUUCGUCCCAAACGCCCUGUGGCCUACGCUAUGUUUCAAGCAGUGGACAACGAGCUUGAAAGGCUGGAAAAAGAUGGAAUAAUUUCGAAGGUGGAUUAUUCAGAAUGGGCAGCGCCGAUCGUUGUUGUGCGUAAAGCAAACGGGACGAUGCGAAUAUGCGUGUUGUACGUGUACAACAGGCUUCCGCCAGGCGUGAAAACUGCACCGGGAGCUUUUCAGCAGCUGAUGGAGGUAAUGCUAGCAGGUCUCGAUGGUGUUGCUGUAUAUUUGGACGACAUUGUGGUUGGAGGACCAAAUGAAGAGGCCCAUAUGAGAAACCUUCGGUCUGUGCUCAGACGUAUAAAGGAAUACGGCUUCACCAUACGACUGGAUAAAUGCUCGUUCCAAAAGAAGCAAAUAAAAUACUUGGGUCAUUUGCUUGAUUCGAAGGGACUUCGACCGGAUCCUGCUAGGAUAGAUGCUAUAAUGAAGCUGCAAGUUCCAACCGAUGUAACAGGAGUGAGAUCAUUCCUAGGCGCAGUAAACUAUUACGGCAAAUUUGUGCGAAACAUCAGCAUGCUGCGUCAUCCACUAGAUAAUCUUUUGAAAGAGGGAGCUGCGUUUACGUGGACAAGGCAGUGCCAGGAUGCUUUCGAUCAAUUUAAGGCAAUACUCUCUUCAGAUUUGCUGCUAACUCAUUACGACCCACGUCAAGAAAUCAUCGUCGCGGCGGAUGCUUCUUCCUUUGCACUAGGAGCGACUAUUAGUCAUCGGUUUAAAGACGGGUCGAUAAAGGUAGUGCAGCAUGCAUCACAUCACAAACCACUGUUACGAAUCUUUGGAUCUAAAGCAGGUAUCCCGGUAUAUACAGCUAACCGAUUGCAACGUUACGCCUUAACCUUGCUGCUAUACGAUUUCGAUUUGGAGUAUGUACCUACAGACAAGUUCGGUAAUGCCGAUGUUCUGUCCCGACUGAUUGCCAAGCAUGAAAAACCUGAGGAUGAGUACGUGAUUGCUAGCAUUGAAAUGGAGAAAGACCUGCGAGCAGUUGUAAACAAUAAAAGGAAACUCUACAACAACACGUAG